GGCAUAAAACGUUUUAUUGCAGUUUAUCAUAAUUCAAUCCGAGUUUGCGGGAGUAGCCACAGAGAUACGGUGAGUUUCACAAGUUUUAUGAUACAGUUUCCAAAUGGAGAGACUUAGCUCAAGAGAAUUGGUACAGCUAGCCAGGCUAAUAGAAAACAGACGAGCGAAAAACCGCGUUUUUCACUUUUAUUGCAAUACAGCGUGGGAUUGUGACUUGGUAGAAGAAAGGGAAACGAACCGCUUACCUCAGACUUGUUACAGGAAAAGAAGUGUUUGUCAACCCACUGUAGACAACCUACUUACUUAUCACCAAGUCUCAGCGCGGUCUUUAAUUUACACUCGUAAAUCAAAUAGUGAAACUCAUCUUGCCUAUGCGAUUUACUCAGAUCUAAUAUAUGGCUUUUAAUUUUGCAUAUUCUCAGAGCCCAAUCAUGGCUACAAAGGCCCUGUUAGUCUGUCUUUUAAUAGCGGCCGUUGUCUUCGUAGAAGCCGGCAAACAUCCAAAAGCUAAUAAAAUCAAGAAAGGUAAGCUUUCAGUUUUAAAUUCAAUUUAAAUUAGUGACAGAAUUUUGAAUUGUGAAAUAACCGAUCACUUUUAGAAUAUCACUUCCCGAGAUAAAAGAGAUAAUGGGGUAAACUCUGAUCGAAGGUUUUCGAAGAAACCGAAAUGUCAGAAAUUAUGUCAAUGGAUAUCUUUCCUUCAUCUAAGGCAAGAAUUGGUAAUUCGCGACUUGUAAUUGUGUGUUUAUCAUCAGAUCUUGAUCUUUCCACUUGGAGAGACAAAGAGAUCUAUAGGACACUUUCAAAACAUAUCCUCGGUAUUUGUAGCAUCCUUGUUUAGUUUUAAUAAUGAUAUUAUUUAAAAAAAAAUUGAACCUAGAGGCAAAAGUGGACAGAAAAUAUAUAUAUAUUAUAUAAUCUCACAUUUUGUAAAGGAAACUGAAAAAUUCUUGCCACAUGUAGUCCACCGUGUACCACCUGUUACGCAAAGCCAAAUGUGUAAAUAAUCAUUUGGUUCAUAUUAAACCCGUGAUAAACGGCACAAAGCGUUACAAGAACGAAUUAGUCUAAAUUGAAUGCAAUUAUUCAUAUUUUCGUUUUUUUUUUUAUCUUGCAGCUAAGGCCAGUCCAGGAUCCAAGAAAUGCGCCGGCCCAUGUGCAGUGUCAUGUGCACCUCUUUGUCCUCCUACAUGCUGUCCCCCACCACCACCCCCACCGUGCCCACCACCCUGUCCUCCCCCUUGUCCCCCUCCAUGCCCACCACCCCCUCCCCCAUGCCCACCACCUUGUAUGACCCAUAGUGUGCAACAUUCUCAUAGUCAUGCGUGGGCACCUGCUCCUCCUCCACCAUGCCCCCCACCAUGCCUCCCUCCAGCUCCCCCUCAGGCUGUUCACCACAUCCACCAUGUAACACAUCACCAUAUGCUGCCUCCUCCUCCACCACCUCCACCUCUCCCAUGCCCUCCACCAUGCCACACCGCUAGUGUUAUGCACCAUCACUCCCACCAAUGGGCUCCUGCUCCACCUCCACCUUGCCCACCUCCUUGUCUCCCACCCGCUCCUCCCCAGAGAAUCCAUCACGUUCACCAGGUUGUCCACCACAUUGUCCACCCACCACCACCACCUCCACCCUGCCCUCCCCCAUGUGUCCAAACUUGCGCACCAUCCUGCCCUGUGGCCUGUUGUAAGAAGAACAAGGUAAAGAUCGAGGAUGAAGCCUCUGGCAAUGCUGAUGAUGACGAUGACGUCAAUGAUCAGGAAGAAAAGAAGGAAGAGGAGAUUGCCAAGCAGGAGGACAAUGAAGAGGAGAAGCAGGAGCAGAAACAAGAGGAUAAACAGGAAGAUAAACAAGAAGACACAAAAGAAGAGAAACAGGAAGAUAAACAGGAAGAAAAAUCAGAUAAGGCUGUGGAACAGAAGGAAGAAAAGAAAGACGACAAAGACGAUGAUGACGAUUAA